GGCGUGGCGCAGUCGUGCGAAAACGGCAGUGGACAUCUGAAGAAGGACUGUCGUGCGGAUCUUCCGGAUGUCAGUGACAGCGCUGCCGAGGACCAGAAGAAAUGUGUGAGCUUCAUGGCAAGUCGAGAUAAGAGAACCGCGAAACUGGUGUUCAAGUUGAUUGGUUCCGAGGUGACAGACGGACCAGAUUUCAAAUGAAAGAUGUUUUGUAUGUUUCUCCAGAUCAGUGGUAAUUUUGAUGCUUUGUGGAGAAACGAUUGAGAGGCGGCUUUUACGAGAUAACGGUUGAUGAGGAUUACGGCAACUGCCGUGGCCAGUCGGAUGUGAUCAACACAAGGUCAACGAAUGAUGUAAUCACGGCUUGUGGAGCAAAACAAAAUGUGAAGUGCUGGAGGAAUUCUGCGACACGAAUAGUGUCGUGGCCACACGUGCCCACACAUCACAUUUUCAUUCCGAAACUGUAAAUAUGUACAAUCAAUCAACCAGAACAAAUUUUUAUUUUUAUCGUGCUUCUUGAUUACGUCACAAGCCAUGACGUCAUGAAAACAGCCGGUUCGAACUCAGCUAACCUCACUUUCACACAGUCUAUAAAGCAUACAAGAGUGAAAACAAAGUGAGCAAAAUGUUGUCCAGAUUCAAACAGCUGUUCAGCCAAAAGUUUCCAAUAAUUGGAAUGAUCCACGUCGGUGCCUUGCCUGGAACUCCACUGUACUCCGGGGACUUCGAAGAAACGGUCAAAAAGGCGGUCCGCGAAGCGGAGAUCUACGCUGAAAAUGGAAUUGACGGUCUCAUGAUCGAAAACAUGCACGACGUCCCGUACGUCCAGUCCCGCCACCUGGGUCCGGAAACGGUGGCCUGCAUGACACGGCUGGCAACCACAGUGAGGGAAGCCACUCGACGAGCUGCCAUUCCCUGCGGGGUUCAAAUACUGGCCUGCGGAAACCGGGAGGCACUGGCCGUGGCAAAGGCCUCCGGGUUGGAUUUUAUUCGCGCCGAGGGCUACGUGUUUGGUCACGUCGCGGAUGAAGGCUACACGGACGCGAACGCUGGGCUGGUACUGCGCUACCGGAAGGCGAUUGACGCCGAGCGGGUUCUGGUGCUGACCGAUAUCAAGAAGAAGCACAGCUCACACGCGAUAACGGAGGACGUUUCGCUGGUGGAGACGGCGAAGGCCGCGGAGUUCUUCAUCUCGGAUGGGCUCAUUCUGACGGGGAGCUCAACCGGAAGUGAAACGAGCGUGGAGGAAGUUCAAAGUUUGAGGAAUAAGACGGGACUGCCGCUCAUCAUUGGUUCCGGCGUGACUUUCGAGAAUAUUGAUAAAUACUGGGACGCGGCGGACGCUGCCAUCGUGGGGUCACAUUUCAAGGACGGUGGAAGUUGGCAAAACGAGCUCAGUGGGUCUCGGGUGAACGCUUUGAUGAAGAAGUUGGCCGAAAUUCGAAACUAGAUGUAAUUUGCUCAAAUCGCAUUUAUUAACUACACAAUAAAGAGAAGAUUAUUUACAAAC